UCGACUUUUCGACUUGGAACAUCUCGUGAGAAUUAAUGUACGCAGUAGGGACAAUUGCAGAGGUGGAAUUUUAUUUUUAACGGUACGACCGUAUAUUUGUUUAUGCGAAGUUUCUGAUGAACGUGUGAUUUGUUCGUUAAUGGUUGUCGUUUUCACCGAUCAUUCGGUCGUGCCUGCCUCUGCCUGCUGCCGCGAAUGUGGAUACUUCACGGUGUGCCGUACUGCUGCUACCGCCGCUGUACGUUUGAAGUACUCUCCUCGGCUGAUUGCCUUCGGAUUUUAACAAAUCUUUCACAUUCGUGAAUGCUUUGAAACUGGUUCGUUAUUGUACCAGACUCCGCCGUGAUUGUCACUUGAUAGCAACACCCGAGGCGCCAAAGCUGUCCGCAUCGGCGCUUUCUUUAGCCCAAGUGGUAUCAAUGUUGUCUGGCAAUGGUGUGUAAGGAGAACGUAGUAUCAUGGUUUGGGAAUCUGUCCAGUUAUAAACGCAUCGAUGUCAUGUGCACAUUAUUAAAUAUGUGCCUGCCAUUUGAAGUACGAUAUCUUGGCACUUGUGUAGAGGAUAUUGGUAAACGGGAUUACAAUGAUCUUCGUGACACAGAACAUCAUGCAAACAGUGCUUCUGAUCUUGCCGAGUUAACAACCUUAGGUGUGGCAGAUAAACGCACACGAAGGAAACUUGCUCUCUAUAUGGCAUUAUUACAUUCUUGUAAUUAUGCAUGUGCUGUCAUCUUAUAUAAGAAUUUAUCAAAUUUUGACUAUCAAGAAAUCUCUAAUCUAUUAAAUGGGACCACCUUUACACCGGAUGAUCAACCUCUAGAAGAGCUACUUUUGUUGUAUACAAUGGCUUUAAAUCAUCCAGCAUUUACAUAUGAGCAGAAAAGUGUUUUUGGUAACAUUUACAUUAAACUUCAAGAAGAAGAAGCUCGUUUGAAUCUCUCAAAAUCAAAUUCAUCCUAUAAACAAGCACAAGGUUGCACGCCAUGUAUAAAUACAAAUGAAAGAUUAAUGGAUACGGAAAUGCAGGGCAGUUGUAUGAUAGCUCCACCUCCAAUGCAAACUUAUCACGGAGAAAUGACAAUGAGAAAUAAUACCAUGGUAACUGGAGUUCCUCCUGGUCUUUCUAUGCCUCCACCUGGAUUAUGCCUGCCAACUCCAGAACAAAUGCCAAUGGGAUCAGGUGGUGCAACACAAUACCUUCAUCUUGGCUUUCCAUCAGUAAAUCAUAUGCCACCAUGGACAGGUCAGGUUAUGAUGGGGAAUCAACUGAUGUAUCACUCUGGCGACAUGUUGGCUUAUCCACCUUCCCCCUUAGUCAGCCGUCAAUCGUCACCAUCCCAGUCUCGAUCUCCUAGUCGCAGCAAUUCCCCAAUGGGUCGCAGAAAUAAUACAAUGCCGCGCACCUCUUCGCAAGUGACUCAAUCUACUUCAAAUACCUUAACAACGUCAACGAGUGCCUCUAACAGUCAGACAAGCAUCUGUAGCUCAAAUGCCAAUUCCCUUCCUCCACUUCCCACAUUGGGUACGAACAGAAGUCAUCCUAGUCAACCUCCAUUGCUUCCAUCACGCUCUGUUCCCUUGUCUAUCAGCAGUUCUACUACUUUUUCACGGCAUAAUAGCAUCGAGAAUACCCCUUCUACCUUAAUUCCGGCAGCACCUCAAUCAAAACAACCACCACCACCACGGUUGCGGUCUUCAAUUUCUGGUGAUUCUUUACGAGAAACAUUAGGAAAGGAAAUGCCAAAUUUCAAAGGCAAUUUGCAGAAUUUUUCUCUUGACGAGAUUCGAAGAAUGAGCGAUGAGGACUUGAGAGAAAUAGGAUUAACGCCGAAUGCUGUAGGACAAUUGCGAAGUAUAGUUAAAAGUCAAACCACUAAUGGUUUAAAUCAAAUUUCCACUGACAAAAAAUUAGAGAGUACUACUAGCACAACACAUACAGUAGUAGAUCCAGCUGAAAAUGAGGCUAUACCAGGAAUGGAGAUGUUGAAUGAUAAUGGAAAUCAAAGCAAUCCUGCGCAAAUACAAAUGUAUCCUGCACCACCACCGAUGUAUGCUGCACAGAAUGCACCAUGUUAUGCCUGUCUUACAUUACCUGUUGCCGGGGUACAAAAUCGAUACUCAAGGUGCAAUGCUCAACACGUAUAUUGUUUAACACAAUUACAAGCCUUGAGGUUAGACCCUGAGGGCAGCAGGCAUUGUUCACAGAGCAGUAGUUCCGACAGUACUGGUAGUAGAUCUCCGCCGGAAACUCCUCCAGCAGCACCGUGGGUGAGCGGAAGUGAGAGCAAUGCACCACCAGUUACUGACCAUCUUAGCUCUGCACCAGUACAUUCUACAAGUGCAGUUUCACAUCCAGUAUCCCAACAGCCUAUACAAUCAGGCCCGGAAAGGCAACGUACUAAAAGAAAUCAGGCACAUGUGAUACGUCAUAAAAAUCAAAUGGUGAACGGCGGUGGACCCCCAAAUCUAUCACAAUGUGUUUCCUUUCCCGCGCCACCAUCGCAUUCGCAGGUCACAUAUUUGCCGCAUGGUCAUUUCCCGGCUUUGAGACCGAGUAGUGGUAUUUAUUCUAACUUCUCACAUGGACCGUAUGCAAGGCCAACUUAUCCAACUACGUAUCAACCUAAUGGUGAAAUGAUGUAUCAAUAUCCUGGACAUCCAUCUUCGGGAGGAACACCACCACCUCCACCAAAUGCAGCUACAACACCUGUUCAGACGCCAUAUAUGCCACCUACUCCAGUUGUAACAUAUGCACCGGCUGCCGUCCCACCAACGAAAAUUUCGUGUUAUAAUUGUGGCAGUAGUAGUCAUCUUGCAGUUGAUUGUAAAGAUCAAACUAUGGAGGAUCUUACUAAAAAAGCUCAAUACCGUCUAGAUUAUAGUAUAAUGAAACAACCUGGAGAGUGCCCAAGUUCUGACAAGUGAUCCCCUGCCGUGGACCAUUCAGCAAUUUAUCAUUAUCAUCAUUACCGUAAUUACCGUUACCAUCAUUGUCACUAUUAUUAUUACUACGAUCCCGCCACAGCAAUACAACCUAAGUACCGUUCAAAAGAUGACUGCUAUCGCUCCUCAUGCAAGUUUUCGGUGAUUUUUGUAGACAUCCCUAAUAUUCAGGAUGACGAUUUUUUAACAAAGGAAGUUUCGCGAUUCACGGUACCAGGUAUACUUUUUACAAGUUCUUAUUUAUGAUAGUAAUUCUUAAUUAUGAUUGUAAAAAGAUGUAGCGUCAUGUACAAAAGAAAACAGAGAAGCAUAACCCAGAAUGCUCUUAUCUAUGUUUUUAGAAUACAUUUUGAAAGGUUUUUGUUAGGUAUUGACUCGUGUCUUACCCCAACGAUACCUAUGAAUUACAUAUAAACAUACACAUACAUACAUACAUACAUACACACAGCACGCCUCAACCCAAUUUCUCACUAUUUCUCUAGUAACUAGCCAUAAACGAAAUACAAGAAAAAAGAACACAUUGUGCUCUGAUUAGAUGAGACUAUCAUGUUUGACUAUAUUUAUCAUUGAUACUUUUACUUCUACUAGUAUGUCUAUACUAUCACUAUUACUACUAUUACUAUUAAACUAUUACUAUUACUUCUAUUAUCGCUACUGAGCCACGACAUUUUUAUGUAUACAUAUUUUCUCAAUUCUUAUGUGCGCAAUGUUUGAACGAGUGCAAAAGUGAAUGAUCAGAGUAAGUAAAAAAUUAGAAAGAGAAAUGCACUAAGAAAGUGAGAGUAAGCAAGAAAGAAAGAAAAGAAGAAAGAAAAAAAAGACAGAAAGAAAGAAAAAAAAGGAAAGAACGAACGAACGAACGAAUGAAAGAAAGAAGGAAGGAAAGAAAGAAAGAAAGAAAGAAAGAAAGAAAGAAAGAAAGAAAGAAAGAAAAGAAAGAAAGAAAGAAUUGGAGAACGAAAGAAUGAAAGAACAACAAACCAUAAGUGUUCGAUCGUCUAGCUGCCUUUGCGCUCCUGUGUGUAUAAAACUAUAAAUAUACGCCGCUCACCACUCAUUUAUUAACUUAUGAAUAGUUAAUUAAAUAACAAUAUAAUUCUCAUCCUAUUUAUAAAUAGUCAUGCAAUCACGUGCAACUUAAGCAAUUUUAUACGAGUUUUAUUGAUCGCCCAUCCUUUUUUAAGUGUAAGCAAUGCGUUAUAUGCGUUUAAAAUCUAGUAAGUAAUAAAGAAAAAAAAAAAAAAAAAAGAAUAAUGACUUGAAUAUGAACUAGUGUUAGUGGUAUGAGUGGAGUGGCAAUAUGCGCUAGAAUCAUCUUGUCAACAAGUUGCUACUGCAUUUAAACAAAUUUUUAAUUAAAAAAAAAAACGUUAUUAGUAUGUAUCGAUCAAAUUAUAUUAGAAUGCAUAAUUUGGCAACUCUUUGUCUAGUUUCUCACAUUUAUGAUGACUCAUAAUUUUUAAUUUGUAAGGCUCUCAUACUAUGCACUUGAUCUAUGUAAAAUAGAUCUUAGAUAUCCAAAUUAAUAAGAAUUGAAGAAUUAUAAAAAUGAAUGAGAGUGGAUAUGCGUGAUUUUGAAUAUAUAUGCAUUUAAAAAUUUCUUUCUCAAUAGCUCUUGGAUAUAAAGAAUUUCCCGGAUGUUCCUGUCUUUGAUUAGUAAUGAAUUUUUUGGCAGCUAGUCAAUAGCCACAAAAAUUUUGGAAUUAAUAUUUUAGAGUUAGUAUUUUGCAAGGAUAAAAGUUUGACAAGAAAGGGAAAGUUCGGUGUUGAUAAUUUUAAUAUUAUUUAAAUCUGAUUUAUUAAUUUUAUUACGAUAUGUAAUUCAUUUUAAUGAAUUAUUGUUAUAUUAUUGUGAAUAUGAAAAUUGAAAGCUCGAAGAUCAGCUUCGAAUUCGAAAGGAAGUCAAAAAAAAUUAAUAGGAGAAAUUUUUAAUAUUAAUACCAUAUAAUAUUAGUCAAACUUUUGUCAAUUUUUUAUAAGAAGUUAUAUCAUAAUUUACUAGAGUCUAAUUCGGCGUUUAAGUAAUAUUUAGUGAAAGUACUAUCUUUGUUUAAUAUCCAGUGUUUUCAUAUCGAUCUAAUAAAAAAAAAAAAGUAUAAAAAUUUAUCUUGCCGUUACGAUUAGUCAAUAAUGAUUUUUAAAAACUACCUGAGAAAAAUGUCAAAGUGGCUGUGACUAAUGAGAAGUGUGCAAAAUUCAUAUUAAAUGAGAAAUUUUUUUCAAUUUCACGAUCACAAUCAAAUAUUUUUUGAUAUUCUUAAAUAUCUUUAUCCGUGAAUUAAUAUCAAUAGUAAGUGACAAAUUAUGCUGAAACAAGAUUGAAACAUUUCGUUUGUAUAUCAUAUCAUAAAUUUUGAUAUAUGUUGCUUGACAAGAGCGAAGAAAAAAAAAAAAUAGCGCAAAGGUUUUGUGAGUUUAUAUGUGCUUUAAGUAUGAAACAAAGGAGUCUGACAUUGGAACAUAAUAUUAAAUAAUAAUAUUGUAAAACCUUACGAACAAAUUUUUCUGAUAAGGCUUUGAUUUUUAAGGCCUUAAAGUUCGAAAAUCUAAUUUGUUCUUGGACUAAUUUCGUAAACGAAAUUAAAGACUUUAAUUAAACCUAUUCUUCAAUUUCAAAUAUAAUUAUACUAGUGAUAAAAAAAAAAAAAUAAAUAAAUAAAUAAAUAAUCCAUCUUGUUAAGCAGUAACAAAUCAUUGUUGAUCAAGUGAUAUUAUUGAUCACGAUUAAUCGUGUUAUUAGAAGCAAUGAUAUUCUGAUUUAUUAAAAUAUAACACUUUAUUGCUGUUUACUAACUUUUUGACACUGAUAAUCGAGAAAAUACGUUUUAUAUAUAUAUAUAUAUAU